AUGCUUUCUAUACUGUUUUUUAUAUCUUUGUUUCCUCUCGUUAAGGCUGAUGAUUGGGAUGAUUUCACGAAUAAUCUUGCUACUGACUUGGCUCCUUUAAUUACCUUGUUCGGUGAACGACUCACGAAACAAUUUCUUUCCGAAUCCAUCAGAACUCUCGAUAAUGUCAUUUUCGCCCUUUCACCGCUAGGAGUCUUAACUUCCGUUGUGUCGGUAAUCAGGGUAUGCGGAAGUUCUUCACUCAGGGCAUUCGUCGGACGGGCACAAGAAGGUCCCGCUGAAGCCGAAAGCGAGCUCCUUCCUUGCGUCUCAGAAUCCACUGCAGAGCUCUUUAACGAUGGCGGUAUUACACGAGUCUUUGGCCGGCCCAAGAUCGUGGAGAUAGUUGCUUGGGAGGAUGUGAACCCUCAGACUGGAGAAAAGGGGACAAAGAUUGGCACAUUGAAAGAUGCCCUUGAAGAAAAGGCUUGGUCUUGCAAUGCCAAAGUUUCACCUAGUGAACUUCCAGAGCUGAACAUUCCUAAUCUGUCAUUGAACAAGGGGAUCAAGAGGAGAGAUCCAAUUUGGUUUCAUUGUGCUGCAAUACUUGGUGGUAUACUGCAGAGUGGCACUAUUAUGUACGCUGUACUUACGGUGUUUGUGUAUCCCCAGCAUUUUCAGAAAGACGACAAAGCUGUCGCCUCAUACGCAUUCCCACUCUAUCUCAUCGGGACAACUCUUCUGUUUCUCGGAAUGUUCUUCUGCGCAUUCAUUAUGAAGCGGUCUUCAAAGGAGUUCUACCUCAAAGCGGAAAAGUCAAGCAAGAUAUACUGGCUGCAGCCUGGUAACCAAGAUGUGGGCGACCAGGUCUUCAAUGCUUUCUUGGCUGUGGAUGAAGGGUCCAAUUCUACAAUGACCAAGGACCUUCGUUAUAUUAAAUCGAUCAGGGAUCGAAGAUUUGAGAGGAAGUAUUUGGAAAUUUACUCUACCCUCGCAUCGACAAUUUUGGGAUUCAUCUUCCAAUUCAUCGGACUCAGAGGCCUCCAUGCAUCUGUCACCCUAGCCCAGCUGGGAUCGACAUUUCUAAUGUCUAUUAUACGAACUUGUCUGCGCACAGAAAGAAUGACGCCUGACGAAAAUAAGAUCAAAGAUGACCGGGAGCUCACGUCUCACAAACAGCAAGAGAUGGAUUGUUUUGCAUUUUAUCUCGAGAAAGUAGAGUCUUUUGAACUCGCCUCGAUCCCUGAUCAGCCAGCAAACAUGCCUUCGCCGAUAUUAACGCCCGAUCUCGAACCUCCUCUGGCCAAACAAUUAAUUAGAACUAGGACCAAGUUGGCGGAUCUCACGACUAGCUCAAGACAGAGUCUGGGCGCAGAUUGGGACGGAAUGCCUAUUCGCCAAGUGGCCUGCAACCUCGCAGAGACAAUCGAGUCAACAAUGGAUUUGAUGUCUAGUUGGGGAGUUAACCUCGGAAAGACAUUUGAGUUCCGACUGGGUUUUAAGUGCAAGGGAGCCUCUCCAGGCUCUGUCACUCAAGCCCCGGGAACGUAUUCAAUUGGUCUCAUGCGAUGCGGUGAUGCUCUACGGUGGAAACUGGAUGCCAGCGAAAUGGAAGCGAUUCUAGGCUUGUGGACUUGGUCACUCUAUAAGUCGAAUAAAAACUGGCGGAACUCAACCCUUUGCCGCCUCAUUGGAUUGAAUGAAGACGAGGCAAGUAGAGAAGAAACAUUUCUCUACUUUCACAAAUGGAUCUUCAGACAAACGGAAGCGAGAUUAGUGCAAUCUGCAGGGUAUGAUAAUUCAUCACGCCUAUUCGGUUUCGAGCCCAAGGACGUUUCCUACGAUGGGAAAGUCUUGGCUGUCAGGACAGAAAAUGAGCUCGAGACCAUGAUAGCCCAGGAUAUCUACAUUCAAUUCCUCAAGGAAGUGUUCAUCAACUUGCAUGAGUUAGGUGGGGAUGUUGAUCUUAUUCCUGGAUUGCAAAGUUCAUUUUUAGCAUCCAGCACUCGGAUUGAUGAUCUCAUACGUUGCUUUGAGAAUAACAAAUUGGGAUCAAGAGAGGAUGCAUUGCUAUGCAUAGUUCCUGUUCUCAGGCGUAGAAAUCUGUUACCAGAUCUCGCGGCAGACUCGGUCAAGAUCAGGGCGCGCAGGGAGCAGCUCAUUGGGCAAGGUGAUUGGAAAGGCGCAUUUUCACUUCUCCGAUGGAUUUGCCAGCGGUCAGAGAGUUCCCAGUUCGAGCGGUCAGUCUACGAACUGGGGUUCCUGUGCCGCCGGGCACUUUUCAGCACACACAAGCAUGUCCGCAAAGAAGGGCUCGAACAGAUAUGCGCGCUUCUAACAUCCGACAUCAGAGAUGAAUUUAUUAAGUCACACACACAUUUGUCACCCUUGCACAGGUCCGUACCACAGGAUCGUGUAGAAUGGUGGAAUUCAUUCUCGCGCCAGCUUGGAUGGAUUGCGUGGAACGUUUCAACCAAUGUUCCAGGCAUGGCAUUUUGCCAACCUACUUUGAGAUCGCUCAAUGUGGCUGAGGAUCUGCCUGGAUCCCACGAUCAGAACCAAGACCCAGAUGCAGUCCAAAAGGGCGUUCGCGCUGUUAAGGAUUGGCUCACGUUGCAAAAGAUCGAUAACAUUAAGCGCGAAGAAUAUUCCGAGGACGAAGUUCUCGGUUUUGAAUGGAUGAUUAGGAACAACUUCCAUGUUUUGUUAUAUUUCCUUUUGUUGCGAUGGGUGGAGAUUAGUGAAGAGCUUCCCGCCCUUGUUCGGAUCGGAUACAGUCUUGCAGCAAGGACAAAAUCAGAACGAGCACUUGACAUACUUCGCCGACAGGGUGCGGAUAUUGAGACAAUAGGUCCGGACAACCGUUCAGCGUUAAACGAUCAGGUCUGUACCCAAGACCUAGAGGGAAGCCGACUGCUACUGCAAAUGGGAGCCGAUCCAAAUGGCAACAUACAACAGAUGAAGAUCAGUUCACUUGCAAUCGCUGCCUAUGAAGGCUUUGACGACAUUGCUACAUUACUUCUACAAUUUGGAGCAUACAUGGAGAUUCCAGACCAUGUUGGUCUCCGUGCCCUACAUUGGGCAACCAAAAAUAAUCAUUUUGAUACCGUCCGGCUGCUGCUAUCCCAUGGAGCAGAAAUUGACCCGCUGGGGCCAGACGAUUUAACACCGCUCCACUCAGCCGCAAUGAACAACCAGAUACAGAUGGCUGAAGUGCUCAUUAAAGGGGGAGCCGAUGUCAAUGCUAUAGGCCAAAACGGCCAAACCGCAAUGAUGCUAUCUAUUCACGAAAGGAACCCAAUCCCGAUGUGGCGGUUGCUUGUGGAUAACGGAGCCAGCCUUGAUUUGGUUGAUUAUAGUGGAUCAACGGUUUUGGAUCAGGCCAGGCAAUUCCAUUAUACCGAGGCAAUAACGUUUUUAUGCCAGGUGUUAGAAGAUCGAGGUAUGAAGAGCGAUGAGAUGCAACAUUGCCUCAGUCACUAG